GACAUCAUCAAUCAUCAAUCAUCAAUCAUCAAUCAUCAAUCAUCAUCGUCGUCCUCCUCCUAUCUUCAUUUUUUCAAAUCUGUAAGAUCUCUCAGAUAAUUUCUCCUCUCACGUAUUUUUCCGAUCGGAUUUGAAUCGAUCGCGUUGAGGUAUUAUACCUUGAAUUCACGUGCGUGUAAUACAUACAUCUCGUCGCAGAUUCAGGAAUCAAACAUGGGUUUCCUUAUAACAACCCUAAUCUUCCUCGUCGUUGGGAUCAUUGCUUCUUUGUGCGUUAGAAUCUGCUGCAACAGAGGUCCUUCCACGAAUCUGCUACAUCUUACCUUGGUCAUUACUGCGACGAUCUGCUGUUGGAUGAUGUGGGCAAUUGUAUAUAUUGCACAGGUGAAUCCUCUGAUUGUCCCCAUCUUAAGCGAAACAGAGUAGAAUCCUCUACUCAGACAAGAGAACCACCUCAAACUAGAAAACACAUGCGCAGAGUCGAGUCAUCUUUGAUCCUUCUGUAUGUUCAAUCUUUAAACAGAGUUCCUUCCUGUUUGUAAUUCUUUACCUUGGUGUGAACAAAAUCAAGAACCUUUUGGCCACUUUACUAUUUCGAGAUUUUGUUGUAUUCACUUCUCUCAUUCAUUCCCCAACACAAAGCUGAAUCUCCCUUCUGAGAUUAUUGCAAACACUCCCACCAAUGUAUUGUCGAUUAAAUAAUCUUUUUGGAAUAGUUACGCUUUA